GUGGACAAUAUAUCCUUCCACACUUCGCUUUUCCAAUUCGCGUUUUCUCGAACCUGCAUUAACUUUUCAUCCACACCUCUUGAGUUCCAUGCUGUGUCAACAGGACCCCCGUCCCGACGCCACGACCAGUUGACUCGAUCUUGGUAAUAACCUUUGCGAAAAUGCGCCACCUCUUGCUUCUGUUGGGCGUGCUUGGCCUCGAAGUUGCCGCCCAGAACGGGACUUUGACGAUUGGUAUCGUCAGUUCCCAAAUCGAUGAUUUCCUCCAAUUGAUUCAAAAUGAGUCAUUGGCCAAUAGAGACACGAGCUCACGGCAACCCUCUGGCUGUGCAUUGGCUUGCUCUUUUCUCAACUUUGCACUGCGAGGGCAAGUCUCCUUCCCGGAAAGUACGGUCUAUGAGUAUCAGGAAUCUCGAUACUGGUCUGUAUUUCAAGCAACUGACACGCCAACAUGUCGAUUUGCACCUAUCGACCCUCUUGGCGUUUCACUAGCUGUCUUGACCGUCCAGGUUACACAGUGUGAGUUUGCUGUUAAGAGCGGGGGCCAUGGGAUGUUUUCUGGAGCUUCGAAUAUCGACGGAGGCUUGACAAUUGACUUGCUCAAGUUAAACCAGGUCACUGUAUCUGCUGAUCAAACCCAAACGUCGGUUGGGUCUGGAAAUAGAUGGGUCGAUGUCUACAGUGCCUUGGAUCUAAAAGGUCUUUCUGUUAUUGGAGGCCGAGUCGCCGAUAUUGGGGUGGGAGGGUUAACUCUGGGUGGCGGAAUGUCAUUCUUCUCCGGAAGAUAUGGCUGGGCAUGCGACAAUGUCAACACGUAUGAGGUUGUCUUCGCCGACGGAUCCAUCCGUGAAGUAUCUUACUCGACAUAUCCAGACCUCUACUUUGCCCUUCGGGGAGGAGGAAACAACUUCGGAAUUGUCACUCGAUUUGACCUCCUGACGUUUCCUCAAGGUGAUCUCUGGGCUGGUUCACAAACAUACCUUUACAGUAAUGAGACAGCGUCUGCCCUGAACGAUGCCGUGUACUGGUUGAACGUCAAUGCACCAUCCGACCCCUUUGGACAAGUUAUCCUUGCUUAUGCCUACGUGCAGUCAUUCGGUGCCUGGGCAAUGAGUGCUGAUCUCCAAUAUGGCAAGCCGGUAGCAUAUCCGCCGAUCCUGAGCAAUUUCACCAAACCUCCUGGGGCUAUUGCUACAGAUCUUGGUAUUACUAAUCUUACCGCGCUGACUGUCUCAUUCAAUGACACCAAUCCUGGUGGAUUCCGCGAAACAUACUGGACACUAACGGUGAAGAACAGUCCUACGAUCCUAAAUGAUUUAUUGAACAUAUUUAUAGACGAAAUCAAUCCAAUCAAUACUGUAGCCAACAUGACUCCUGCUAUUGUAUUCCAGCCACUCACAAACAACAUAAUUUCCCACUUCAGCAGGAAUGGUGGAAACGCACUUGGGAUUACGACAGCCGAUGGUCCUCUCAUCUUGGUCAACAUCGCUAUUUCUUGGUCCUCAGCAAAUGACGAUGCUAAGGUUUUCGGAGCAGCAAGUAGUUUUAUCAGCCGAUCAAACACAACGGCUUAUUCUCAAGGUGUGGGAUUUCCCUUCGUCUACCAAAACUACGCCGCACUUCAACAACCUGUGUUUGAAAAUUACGGGCAAAAGAAUUUGGCGAAAUUGAGGGCUGUGAGCGAGAAGUAUGAUCCGUUUAGCGUGUGGCAGAAACUACAGCCCGGAUAUUUCAAGAUAUUUUGAGUCCGCUUCUAUUGUAUAUAUUCUAUUAGUUAUAUUUCUUAAAACGAUACACGAUACACCACCUGCGUGGCUAUUAUUUCGAAUAAUAACAAUCGUUC